AAAUUAUGGUAAUUGAUAUUUAUUUUAAUAUUUUUUUAGUAAUCGAUAUGAAUAAUAAAGAUAAAAAAAUUGCAUUAAGUUUUGAUAAAUCUGGUUCUGUAAAGUAUUGUACCUUUAAUUUAAAAGGUGAAUUUAUUUUAUAUAAUGAAUAUUCCGUUCGUUAUUUUGGACAACUUAAUUUUAUUUGGAUUUAUUCCACACAAACUAAAAAUAACAAAUGGGAAUGUAAGAGAUUAUACAGGAUACCCAAAGAUUAUGAAAUAAUUAGUAUAUCAAAAUAUGAAAAAGUUUACCUGUAUUCAAAUGAUUACAUUUAUGAAUGGAAUAUUAAUACUGAAAGAGGCCUUGAAACAGAAAACAUCGGAAUAUUCAGUAAUGAUGAAAAUUUUAUUUUUCUAAAAAUCAAUGAUAAAAUCAUCGUUUAUUUAAUCGAAUUGAAAAUUACUAUUGCUUCUUUGGAUAUAAAUGAUGGUAACCAUUUUUAA